AUGCUGUCGCUUGUGACAGUUUUCAUUUUGUUUCUAACAAAUGCAUUUGUCAGUACUCAUGCACUACAUGUCAAUAUAGACGUUCAUUUGACGUCUAAAGAUGAUGCCGUUCUUGAUGCAAUUCAACGAGUAGCAUCUGCCAUCAAUGCUGACAAUCGUUUCAUCAGUGCAGAUUUGGUCCAACAUGAUUGUUCGAAGAAUUUGGAAGAAUGUGUCAAACUUACUGAUGAGAACGUUUUUGUCUCCAUAAGCAGUCCGAGUUAUCUCAACUCAAAAGUAAAUGGCGUGGUUAAGAGGAGCUCAGUUCAAAAGGAAACACAGAGGUUAUUUAUUCAAUUCGCUAGUAAGAUCUAUCUUCAUCGCUCCGAAGAACGCAACAGUGUGGAGUGGUGGAAAUAUCAGCUGACGGCACCAGCGGCGAAAAAUGCUGAGCAAGUAGAAAAACUUAUACAAAAAAGCAAUAACCAGAUAACUUUCGUGCUCUAUUAUGAACCAGAGGGUUAUGCAAAUUUUGCUGCUUACUAUGCUUUUGGAGAAGUCUUCUCCACCCGAUCAGACAAUGGUGUCGUGGUAGAUUGCUCUAAGCAGAAAAUGAUCUGCCAGCGAGAAUCCGUCACUGCCAUGCCGACAGUUAUAGCUUACGAAAAAGGCAAGGAGUAUAAACGUUAUCCACAUAGAAUUGACGCAAUUUCAAUUCAAGACUGGAUUAAGACGAUUCAGCAACCAAUAGUCACAAAGCUAACAGAGGAUGCUGUCCCCUACUAUAGAGAAGGCGCUAUACCAGGAUUCGACGAGGCAAGGCCUUUGGUGAUUAUGUUCUUUGCGUCUACACGUAAAUCGGAUGUUUACAAAAAUUUCAAACAAUUUGCUCGAGAACACCAUGGCGAUUUUCACAUGACUGAGCUUAUCGACCCUGCAAUAGAAAAAUGGUAUGGUGUAGAUGUGAUUAACCAAGAAAAUGUAAUUUUGGGUUCGAAACUUACCGUUGAAGAGAGUUGUUUUUGA